AAGCUUUUUUUUUUUUGCUCUCUCUCUGAAAGUUUACACUUGUGCUCACUCGCGUAUACAUAUAUACUUGGGAUUGUCACACCUCUCACAAAUUUCUCUGUUGCGGUCAUCGCUGGCUGGUGGAAGAUGACGAUCCCAAACUCGACAGUUCCCGAGGAAGAGAGACGUAUCGUUACGGAGCUGACCUCCAAGUCGAACAAGGAAAGCGACUCCUUUUUCUCCGUCUCCAAAAGCUGGUACUCAAGCUGGGAGAGAUACGUUGAGCAACCAAGCGAAGCUCCGAGGCCUGGACCCAUCAAUAACCAUCACAUCAUCGAAACUACUACUACUAGUGAUCAUCCUCCACAGCUCCGUAGGUUUCUCGUCGAAGGGAAAGACUACGUUCUUGUUCCUCAACAAGUUUGGAAUAGACUCUUUCAAUGGUAUGAAGGAGGUCCUCAAAUACGAGGGGACUUGAUCUCUUUCUUUCUGUCGUCAGAUGAGAACGAUGGAGACGAUCUAUCUAGUAUAUGGUUGGCAAAACAGGCCUCUGUAAGGGAGCUUUAUGAUAAGGUUUGUGCUAUGAAAAAUGUAUCUCAAGAAAAGGCUCGCAUCUGGGAUUACACCUGUAUGAGUAAAGUCAAGCUCUUGAAUCCUUUAUCUGACAAGACCCUGGAAGAGUCUGGCUUUCUCAAGGAUCAAGAUAUUCUCCUUGAAGUUGCUGAGUCUUCUUCUUCUUCUUCUUCUUAUUCUCUGGAACCUCCAGGAUUAGCAGGACUUGUUAAUUUGGGAAACACCUGCUAUAUGAAUAGCGCUCUUCAGUGUUUGGCACACACACCUCCCAUACUUGACUACUUCUUGCAAGAUAAUCCUUUGGGGAUGUCUGGUGAGCUUGCUAAGGCGUUUGGUGAACUGUUGAAGGAUUUAUGGUCGCCAGGAAGAAAAAUAGUUGCACCAAGUUUUUUCAAGACAAAACUAGAAACAUAUGCUCCACAGUUUAGUGGUAACAUGGAACAGGAUUCUCAUGAACUGCUUGUUAGCUUAUUAGGAGGGCUGCACACUGUACUCAAAGACUCUGACAAUGAUUCUGUAAUAGCUAAUGCCUUCCAAGGUCAUUGGAAGUCAACUCUGGUUUGUCCAGUUUGUGGAAAAAAGUUAAUCAGUUUUGACCCUUUCAAGUGCAUGGAUUUACUUUUGCCACUCACGCGGUCAAUAACAGUUACGGUGUUUUCUAGCGAUGGAAGUCAUCCUCCGGUGCCGUACACUGUAAAAGUGCCUAAAGAACGAUCAUGUGGAGAUCUUAUUACUGCAUUACGUACUGCUUGUUGCUUAACUGAUGAUGAGACCCUUUUACUUGCAAAGGUACAUGAGCACAAGAUCUCUAGAUAUUUUGAGAAUCCCCUGGAGUCGCUGAGUGCGAUAAGAGAUGAGGACCAUAUUGUGGCGUAUCGGAUGAAUCAGACGCAGAAAGAAUCAGGAAAAGCAAAACUUGAAAUCCUUCAUGGAAGGGCUGUUAAUGGUAGAAGAGACUUGAAGCUUUUUGGAACUCCGUUUGUCACUUGUGUCAACACAGAGCCACUAAGUGAAUCUGACAUUGAUGCAGUAAUCUCUGGGUUUCUCUUCCCGCUACAAAGGGUUCAAGCCUCAUCUAAGAUUCAUAACGGAAGAGAAAAUGGCCACCUUCCUCAUGCUGCUGCUGCUGCUGACGAUGCAUCUGAUAGAGGAGAGUUAUCUUUCAGGAUCUUUUUGACAGAUGAGGGUUACGUGAACUUCAAACCAUUUCAGUCUGAUUCUUCUGUGAACCCUGGUUUAGUCACAAGGAUUCUGGUCGAGUGGAAUAACGAUGAGCAUGAGAAGUAUGAUGCCAGCCACUUACGUGACCUUCCAGAAGUGUAUAGAACAAGUUUCUCUGCAGAGAAGACAAAGCAAGAAGCGAUGUCUCUGCUCUCUUGUUUGGAGGCAUUUUUAGCAGAAGCAUCUCUAGGACUGGAUAACAUGUGGAAAUGUCCGAAAUGCGAUGUGUACAGGCAAGCUAACAAAAAGCUUGACCUCUGGAAGCUGCCAGAUAUUCUCGUGUUCCAGUUACAACGGUUGAGGACUAGCAAAUAUUUCUUCAGGAAGAUGGAUACGUUUGUGAAUUUCCCAAUUAACGAUCUAGACUUGAGCAAGUACGUGAAAAACGAAGAUGGCGAGUCAUACUUGUAUCAGCUGUAUGCAGUGACCAACCAUCACGGUGGAGUUGAUGGUGCCCACUACACUGCCUACGCUAAGCUGAAUGAUGACAACAAGUGGUAUCAUUUCGACGACAGUAAUGUUUCCCCCAUGAAGGAAUCUGAGGUCGAAAGCUCAGCGGCCUAUCUUCUGUUCUACCGAAGAGUUGGAAGUGAAACAAAGACGCAAUCAGCUUAGACCGAUAUGGAUUAGUCAAGACUCAACUCUUAUAAUGGGAACAUAGGUCUAUCUCGCUCUGUUCUUUCUUAGUUCAAGCUGGUGGUUCGGUUUAGGAGCUCUGCUUCAGUUUAUAUGAUGUUUUGGCAGAUCUCUGUGGAAUUUGGUGGGUUUAGGGAACAUUUGUUUCUAGUUAGGGAAUUUUCUGGAUAGUGAGUCAAGAGAUGAACAGAUUUUUAGAGGAGUUGAGAGAGAAGAGUUUGUGAAGCAACCUUUGUCAAUAUUGUAGUAUGUUACACACUCUUAACUAAGAUCUCUCUUCUUCGGAACAUACUUGGAAACUGUUAUGUUGUAGAUUGUGAUUUGUGAACAUCACAUUUGAUGCC